AUGGCUGAUCGGCCUCGGCGGCCAUGGGCGGCGGCGGACGACGACGUCCUGUACGAGGUCGUCCGCCGCAUCCCGUGCGAGAUCGACCGCCGCCGCAUGAGUCGCAUCUGCCACUCCUGGCGCGUGGCGCUCCGGAGGGUCAGGGCCCCGGCGCCGCCUCCGCCACUCCCGUGGCUCCUCCUCCCGAGAGCCGGCGGCCGGCCGCCUACCUUCUCCUGCGCCCUCAGCGGCUUCCGCACCCACCCCUUCCUCGUCCCGCGCGGCGCGCACCGCGCGCGCUACUUCGGCUCGUACGACGGGGAAUGGGUCUUCCUCGCCGUUGAUGGACAAGGAAAUCAAGCUCAAGAGUACCCGCGUCGAGUGGCUCAAGACCAUGUCCUCGUCAACCUCAACAACUUUCAUUACUUCAACCUCCCCAAUCGGAUCCGCUUCGGAGCAGUGGUAGUGUAUCCGUCACCACAGCAUUGGUACUACCGCAAGAUGGCCAUCGUCGCCGCCACCCUCUCCUGCAAGCCAACUGAACAGGGAUGCAUCGUCGCCGGCUUCCUCGAAUACUUUCCCUUCCCCGGCCACGCAGAGCAGCAUGUUGCGUUCUGGCGCAUCGGCGAUGAUAUGGUCUUACCGCCGUUCUGGGAAGGGAUGAAUCGAGAGGCGGAUUGGUUUAGGCCACCAAUGGAGGACCUCAUAUUCUAUGGUGGAGCCUUCCUUUUCCUCGACCGAGGGGAACACAUCCUUGCGUGUGAAGAACGACCGGUCUUCCAAGAAUAUGGCGUGGAACUCGUCCCGGUAGGCAUGUUCUUCCAGCCGCGCGUCCACGACAAGAACGAGACUGUCCUUGCUCGCUACCUCGUGGAGUCCCGCAAGAAUCUGCUCAUGGUCGUCAAGUUGACCAGUGGGCGUCAGCACUUGCCGACGUCGGCGUUCCGGGUGUUCCGGAAGAAAAAGCUCAACAAUGGCGAAGAGGACGAGCCGCUCUACAAUGGCAUGUUUCAGUUUCAGUACUACUGGAGCGAGCUGGACAAGCUCGAAGGCCGGAUGCUGUUCGUCGGACGAGGCUGCUCCAGAUCCUACGAGGCGGGCGACAGGUACUCCGGCAUGGAGGAGGGCGUCUACUUCUUGGAUGACCGGAGCUUCCGCAAGCCGAUCAUGGCGUUCGAUCGUGAUGCAGACGAACUGCCGUACCGCUGCAGCGACAACGGCAAAUGGUCGAAAUCACCAAGUCCCCAUGUGGACCGCUGCUUCCCGGCGCGAGGCCCGUCGAUCGACUCGCCUCCGGUUUGGAUUCUCCCUUGA